CUCUAACAUCAUCAUCCAUUCCUCCCCCGGGGUUCUCCAGACAGCUGUCCGCCUGUCUCAAAGCUACAUCUAUUCCACACCACCAUGCGUUGGGGACUCUUUUCGCUACUCGCCCUGGGGGCGACCACGGCGACCGCGUACCGUGACACCUCUCCCUUUUUCCUCGCAUCGACCUCCGAGAUCCCUACUACGCCCGCACGACACAAGUCUGCGACUUCCCUACUAGACGAGCUUUCCUCAGGGCUCAGCAGGUGCCCCUCCGACUACUAUGUCAUCGCCUCUCAGCCUGGCGUGCACAGCACCGACUUCGCUGCCCGCAAGUCCGCCCCGCGUCUCGGCGCAAAGAUGACAGGGAAGGACAGAGCGAUCCGGUCCAAGAUCGUGGUGAACGAAGUGGUGGGACUGUUGGAAACGAAGCAAGUCCAGGCCCUGCUGGAGAAGCAGUGCGGUGCCGAAACGACCGUGAUCGAUGGUGCCACUGGAUCUUACUCCCCCGAAUUUGGCGCUGAACCGCGUAUUAUCGUCCUUGACUUCCCUACUCUCCCUCAGGGAUCCGAGCGGGCCCAUCAGCUUAUGGACAACGAUGGCCUCCUCUCUGAUAUCAUUGAGCGCCUCCCGGAACCGAAGAAGUACACCAUCCUCUAUGUCACCUCGCCUCGUGAGCCCCAGAACUCGACUACCGACGUCUAUGAGUCGGAGGGCAACUCCUACCAGGACCCCGUCCACAUGGAUCUUAAGCGCGACUACUCCGCCCACGACCGCCGGGAAACCCCUGCGCCGAACAAGCCGCUUUUCCAGGAAUAUCAGUAUCUCACCCCAGGCAUCUACAUGGGAUUCAUUGCCACCCUGUUUUUCUUGAUCGUCCUCUACAUCGGGAUCUCGGCUCUAGCCAGCCUGGAGGUUCCGUAUGCGGCAUUCGAAAAGGACCCGGCCGCCAGCGUGCAAAAGAAGCAGCAGUGAUGCGGGAUGCGUGAUGCGGUGUCGCUUUUUCUUGGGAUCUUGUCGCUAGAGACGCUUUCUCAAUUCUAUAUAACCUGCUUGCUUGCUUGCUAUGCUAUUCGAUAUUAUGAAUAGGCUGUACGAGUGCGUGCCAUGUGUCAUAGGCGUCUGUGUCUCUAUCUACAAUUAGUGAUUUGAUAGCGUAUUGAUGACGAUUCCAC